AUGGCCGAACCUGAACUCUGGGCCGAACCCGAACUCAGGGCUGAUACCGAGUUCCUCCAGGCAGCUUGGCUGCUCCGCCAACUUGAACCCCCUCUCUGGUUUUCGGGGAAAUUCAGAACCACGGACAGUGGUCUUUUUGCAGGGGAAAUUCAGCACCAGGGACAGCGGCGUUUGCGGGGCAAUUCAGCACCAAGGACAGCGGCGUGUUUUUCCACCCGCAGGCUUGCAAUUCAGCACCAGGGACAGCGGCCGCCUCUCCUCCUGCGGGGCCGGUUGAGGACCAUUGACCGCCGCCCGGGGGCCGAUGGUGGCGUGAGCGCCAUGCGCCUCCUGCUGCUGGCCGUGCUGGUGUGCUUCUCGGUGGCGCGGGCGGGCUGCGAGCCCAAGGUGGUCAACAUUGGCGCUGUGCUGAGCACCAAGAAGCACGAGCAAGUCUUCCGCGAGGCCAUCAACCAGGCCAACAAGCGGCAUGGCACCUGGAAGAUCCAGCUCAACGCCACCUCCGUCACCCACAAGCCCAACGCCAUCCAGAUGGCCCUCUCCGUCUGCGAGGACCUCAUCUCCAGCCAGGUCUACGCCAUAUUGGUGAGUCACCCGCCAGCUCCAAAUGACCACCUCACGCCCACGCCGGUGUCGUACACGGCUGGGUUCUACCGGAUCCCGGUCAUCGGGUUGACAACGCGCAUGUCCAUCUAUUCGGACAAGAGUAUCCACCUUUCCUUCCUUCGCACCGUGCCCCCUUACUCUCACCAGUCCAACGUCUGGUUUGAGAUGAUGCGCUUCUACAAAUGGAACCACAUCAUCUUGAUUGUCAGCGACGACCACGAGGGCCGGGCGGCCCAGAAGAAGCUGGAGACCCUCCUGGAGGAGAAGGAGUCCAAGAGUAAAAAAAGGAGCUUUGACAGCCUCGAACAGCUAUCCUUUGAGAACAAGCGCGGACCCAAGGCGGAGAAAGUCCUUCAGUUUGAGCCGGGCACCAAGAACGUGACGUCUCUUCUCCUGGAAGCCAAGGAGCUGGAGGCCAGGGUCAUCAUCCUGUCAGCCAGUGAGGACGACGCCACCACUGUCUACACGGCUGCUGCCAAAGAAAAUAUGACCGGUCCCGGCUACGUCUGGCUGGUGGGGGAACGGGAGAUCUCCGGGAAUGCCCUACGGAAUGCACCAGAAGGUCUCAUUGGUCUGCAGCUCAUGAACGGCAAGAAUGAGUCGGCUCACAUCCGCGACGCCGUGGCCAUGGUGGCCCAGGCAGUCCAUGACUUGUUUGAGAAGGAGAACAUCACCGACCCACCCAGGGGGUGCGUGGGGAACACCAACAUUUGGAAGACGGGGCCUCUCUUCAAGAGGGUGCUGAUGCAGACGAAGUAUGCCGAUGGUGUGACCGGCAGGGUGGAGUUCAACGAGGACGGCGACCGCAAGUACGCCAACUACAGCGUCAUGAACCUGCAGAAUAACAAGCUGGUGCAGGUUGGCGUCUACAACGGCAGCCACUUCCUGCCCAACGACCGCAAGAUCAUCUGGCCUGGAGGGGAAACGGAGACGCCGCAGGGCUACGAGAUGUCUACAAAGCUCAAGAUUGUCACCAUCCACCAGGAACCCUUCGUCUACGUCAAGCAGACCCUCUCCGACGGGAAGUGUAAAGCCCUCACCAACAGCACUGGCGGCUUGGUCCAACAAGUUCUCUGCACGGGGCCCAAUGAGACCAUGCCGGGCCGCCCCAGUGUGAUGCUGUGCUGCUACGGCUUCUGCAUUGACCUCCUGAUCAAGCUCGCCAAAACCAUGAACUUCACCUAUGAGGUCCACCUGGUGGGUGACGGGAAGUUCGGCACCCAGGAGCGGGUGAACAACAGCAACAAGAAGGAGUGGAAUGGAAUGAUGGGUGAGCUCCUUAGCGGCCAGGCCGACAUGAUCGUGGCUCCUCUGACCAUCAACAACGAGAGGGCACAGUACAUCGAGUUCUCCAAGCCCUUCAAGUACCAGGGACUCACCAUCCUGGUGAAAAAGGAAAUCCCCCGCAGCACCUUGGACUCAUUUAUGCAGCCGUUCCAGAGCACCCUGUGGCUUCUGGUGGGCCUCUCGGUCCACGUGGUGGCCGUGAUGCUGUAUCUCCUGGACCGAUUCAGCCCCUUCGGCCGCUUCAAAGUCAACAGCGAGGAAGAGGAAGAGGACGCCCUGACGCUGUCUUCGGCCAUGUGGUUCUCCUGGGGAGUCUUGCUCAAUUCGGGCAUCGGAGAAGGUGCUCCCCGGAGCUUCUCUGCUCGGAUCCUGGGGAUGGUGUGGGCUGGAUUUGCCAUGAUCAUCGUGGCCUCUUACACCGCCAACCUGGCGGCCUUCCUGGUGUUGGACAGACCCGAGGAACGGAUCACAGGCAUCAAUGAUCCCAGGUUGCGCAACCCGUCCGACAAAUUCAUCUACGCUACUGUCAAGCAGAGCUCGGUGGACAUCUACUUCCGCCGCCAGGUGGAGCUCAGCACCAUGUACCGGCACAUGGAGAAGCACAACUACGAAAGUGCGGCGGAAGCCAUCCAGGCCGUCCGGGACAACAAGCUCCACGCCUUCAUCUGGGACUCGGCGGUCCUGGAGUUUGAAGCUUCUCAGAAGUGCGACCUUGUGACCACCGGGGAGCUCUUUUUCCGGUCGGGAUUCGGAAUCGGCAUGCGGAAGGACAGCCCCUGGAAACAGAACGUCUCGCUGGCCAUUCUGAACCUCCACGAAAACGGAUUCAUGGAGGAGCUGGACAAGACGUGGGUGAGGUACCAGGAGUGCGACUCGCGAAGCAACGCCCCAGCCACCCUCACCUUUGAGAACAUGGCAGGUGUCUUCAUGCUGGUGGCUGGAGGAAUCGUGGCCGGUAUCUUCCUGAUCUUCAUCGAGAUCGCCUACAAGAGGCACAAGGACGCCCGCCGGAAGCAGAUGCAACUGGCCUUUGCGGCGGUCAACGUUUGGAGGAAAAACCUGCAGGAUAGAAAAAGUGGUAGAGCAGAGCCAGACCCUAAAAAGAAAGCUACUUUUAGGUCCAUCACCUCCACCCUGGCCUCCAGCUUCAAGAGACGUAGGUCCUCCAAAGACACGCAGUACCACCCCACUGACCUCGCGGGACAGCUCAACCUCUCGGACCCGUCGGUCAGCACCGUGGUGUGAGGGCCACUGGCUCAGAAAGGGGCGGGGCAGCGGAGACGCCCGAGGGGAGACUUGGGGGGACCCCCUGGUUGCUUCUUUCCUGCCCACCCCCUCUCAGACUCCCCUGGGGCCUCGGGAUGGACCAGCUCUUCUCCUCCUUCUUCUCCCAUGGACCUCCCUUAUGGAACAGCGCUGAGGUGGCCCC